AUGGACAAAGAGUCUGAUAGCCAGCAAGUGGUCACCACUCCCACUUCGCUGAACUCAGGUCAGCCUGGUACAGCUCCCCAUACACAAUUCUGGGGAGUCACGUCAAAGAACGCCAAAUGCGAUCAAUGGUUUGUAUACUCUCUACACCCCAUCAUUGAGAGGCCUGCCCUCUUGGUGGGCAUGCAGCAUAAUCCUCCAAACUUUCUCCCCCCUGCCUUCAUCUCCACCAGCGAGGGCCGCAAUACUGGUGGUGUCAUGCAGCGGUGUAACACCUGCGGUGUGACAAUUUGCCAGAGAUGCUAUAAUGAGGGCAAGUCCGACAGCAAGCACGACCUCAUCACUGCCAACGUGGACUGGACGAUCCCCAAGAAGGACCGUCGUGCCCGCCGGCUGGGACCUCGGAUGCCUCCUGGCCACGCUCUCAGAUCUAUUGAGGACGAGGGCGAGGGGAAGGUCAACACGUACCCUUCGCCCUCUUCUUCCCCUGCUAUGAAAUUCGACGGCCAUGGUCUGAUUAGAGCGCCGAGCCGGGCUACAUCGCACGUGCAAACAUCGAACGCUGCCGAUAUCCCAAGGAGUCUCGCUAAUAUCAAUGCUGGCGGUCUGAUCAGAGACUCGAUCGAACACGAGCACCAUCGCGUGUCAGACUCGUGGCAGCCUACACAAGAUGAGGCAUCGAGGGCUGGGACCACCUCCAAGCGUUCUUUCGAGAGAGCGGACUCCGAAGAAACCAUUAUCUUAGGUGACAACGGACCCAUAUCCAACAUUGGACAACACCAGGCAGCGGCCACCACCCCUAAGCACCGUUUCCCCAAGCCAAAGAAGCCUUGGAUUCUUAUGACGGAUCUCGAAGAGCGCUGGCACGUGGACGACACCAUAAAGGAAGAGCGCGAGACUAACGGCCCGUUGGCUGCAGUCGACAUGAUGGAAGCAGUGGUCAUCUUGGAGGCUAUGAGUCGCAACGAGCCCGUUCCGCGCUGUUGGGAGGAUUGGAGCAUCAUCAAAAGAACCAGUAUUCGGUUCUAG